CCCCCCGCGGCCCCCAGAGAGCAGCGCACCAAAGGUCACUCUGGCCCACAGGGUCACUCUUGCGUGUAGCCGACAACCUACUUUGGCCUUUGAUCACCAGGAAGAGGUUCGAGCGCCCGAGGAAGUGCCGAAGCGCAGGGGUUUGCACGCGUCGGGCCCCGGGAGACGCUCGCCCGACGCCGUUUCGGCGCGGUUUCGACACUCUUUUGACACUUUUCCGGGUGCUCGAAAUCAUUUCUGGGAUGCGGUCCUUUUAAGUAGGACGGGAACAACAUAAACCAGGAACAUGAUCGAGAAGAGCUCGAGCCUGGCGGCUCCCGGCAAGAUCACGACCAUGAUGGUGAGCAACCUGCCCUCGAGGCUCCAGCGGUCGGAGCUCAUGGACAUGCUUGACGGGUCUGGCUUCGACGGUGUGUACGAUUUCUGUUAUGUGCCGUCCGACUUCCACUCUGGCAUGAACAACGGGCACGCCUUCAUCAACUUUCACGACCAUGGCACAGCAGUGCGAUUCAAGGAGGCAUGGCACGCCGCCGCACCUUUCCGAGACUACUCCGACAGCCAGACGCUGAGGGUAGUUCCUGCGCGCAUCCAGGGCCUCAGGGCCAACGCCAAGAUGGCAAGUGCGAGGACGAACGUGCGCAACCCCAAACACCAUGGGCUUGUUUUCACCAAGGAUCAGUCUGUCAACGGCCAGUCGGGACUGGCCGUGAAGGACUGCCGGUGAGAGGCAGCCACACGAAAUAGAAACAGCUUCAUAAACAUCAGCUGUCGGAGCUCCGCAUCUCGUGAGAGUCGGCUUCUAGCAGUAUCAGCCGUGUUCGCGGAGGUUGCACUGCAUCUUCGCUUUUUUGCCACGGACCCUGUUCGAGUCAGAACAGAAUGGUGAGCACAGGCGCGUUGCCUUCUGUUCGAGCCAUCGCGAUUUUUUGGCACAGUGCCCGCGCACUUCUGGCCAGGCCACGGCCCGCAGGAGCCGCUGACCUCGGCGGCGACGCCGAGCAGGCAAGGCCGCGUUCUCAACGGAGGAAGCACUGCGGGCCACUCCUGGCAGCUGCGCGCAGGGCCGCGCACAAUUUUUAACAGAUGUGUUCGCAGGCCUGGCGCAUUGUCCUGCCACCUUCUCUGACAACGAUCCGAAAUAUUAUCACCAAUACCGAAGUCUAGGAUCAUCUUCCCCCUGUGGAGGCAAACCCCUUGUGUUGGUGUUGGUGCCAAUUUCCAGGCCUCCAACACGCACUUCUGGCCAGGCCACGGCCCGCAUGAGCCGCCGAACUCGGCGGAGACGCCGAGCCGGCAAGGCCGCCCUCCACGGAGGGAGCACUGCGGACCACUCCUGGCAGCUGCGCGCGAGGCCGCGCACGAUUAUACGGAUGUGUUUGCAGGCCCAGCGCAUUAUCCUGCCACCUUUUCUGACAACGAUCCGGUCUACGGUAGGUUUGCGUCGUGUCGACCGGCGGCGACCCCAGCGUGG